AUGUGGAAAAAGUCCAAGAUGAGAGAUCCAACUGCCAGUGGCCAAGGUACAGCACAGAAGAGAUCAAAGAUUCCUGGGGUGAUGAUCACACAGUUAGUGGCAAACAUACCAGCGGGCAAGAGCACCCCGGAUUUCCAACGUAAACCAAUCACUCUAACCAUCCAGGAAGGGAAAUUAGCUGUGUUCAAGGCUGUGGUGACAGGAGAUCCGAAACCACAAGUGAACUGGACGAGAGCUAAAGGAGAAAUUUCAGAGGACAACAGGUUUCAGAGCAAAUACGAUGAGUCAUCUGGUGAAUACACAUUAGAGAUUCAUAAAGUGUCUGGUGCCGACGCAGACACAUACAAAUGCUUUGCCACAAAUGAAUAUGGAAAGGCUGUCUGCACUGCAACAUUAAAUGUGAUUGAGGUUGGAUUUAAGAAAGAAAAGGCUAUGGAGGAACUAGAUGUUGCCGCCACGGAUCCGUCAGAGUUCAGGAAACUGUUGAGGAAAAGCAAAGUAAAGGAAAAGCCCAUGAAGAAAGAAGAUGGGGAGGUUGACGAGAGAUUCUGGGAAAUCAUCUUGAACGCUGACAGGAAGGACUACGAGCGCAUCUGUGCUGAGUACGGAGUCAAAGACUUGCGUUUGAUACUCAAGAAACUUGAAGAGAAGAAGCAGGAAAGAGUGGAGGAGCAGAAUCAGUACGUUGAGUACCUCAGAAACCUGAGGCAUAUUGAGGUUAAAGGAGAUGGCACUGCUUCUUUUGAGUUUGAAAUGGAGCUCAAAGACCCAACCAGUAGAAUAUUCCUCUACAAGGACGGUGUGAUGAUUCCCUAUAGUGACGAUACCUCACAGAAACACAGCCUGAAGACCGUUGGAAAGAAGGUCGUUUUUAGUAUUAAGGACCUUGUGCCAGAGGACGCGGGGCUGUAUCAGGUGGAUGUAGAAGAGGUCAACGUCUUCGCUACAGAAUUCAGAAUUCCCAAAGUAGACUUUCUUGUCAAAAUUCAGGAGGUAAAAGCCAAAGAGAGAGAGGAUGCGGUUUUUGAGUGUGCCCUGUCACACCCCCUGGCCAAGAUCAAGUGGAUGGGGAAGAACAGCGCCCUGGAAGAUGGAGACAAAUACAGCAUAACCGUGUCAGACGACAAACUGAUCCACAGGCUUGUGGUCAAGGACUGCAAGCAGCUGGACAAAGGCAUCUAUUCUGCUGUGGCUGGCAUCAAAUCCUGCAGCGCCUGGCUGGUUGUGGAAGCUGACAGUGACUCUGCAGCUCCUGGUAAAAAGAAAGCUCAAAAAUUUGUGGUGACCAUACCAACCAAGAAGGAAUGUGAUUUGCGAUGCGCUCCGACCUUCAUUGUACCCUUAAAGCUUCACACUGCACCUAAAGGCUAUGAGUGCUACAUGAGCUGUGCGGUGAAGGGGAACCCAAAACCUCGUAUCACCUGGUAUCGCAACAACAUCAGUCUCAACACCAACACCAACUACUACAUCUCAAACACCUGCGGGGUUUGCUCCAUGCUGAUCCUGCGGGUGGGCCCCAAAGACAUGGGAGAGUACACCAUCACCGCAGAGAACGCCCUGGGGAGGGCUGAGUGCUCCACCACGCUCAAUGUCAGAGAUGACAGCGGCGCACAUGGUGGCAGCGGCUCGGCCAUUCCCGGUGGCGGAUCGGCCCCUCACUGUCGUUCCUCUUCCUGGAAGAGCGAGUACACAGCACGCUACCUACCGGUCCACGCCUCCCUUUCUCCUCUGCAGCCCAACCCCUCCACACCAACAACUCUGAGCCUUUUCGAUACUUUAUUGUGCAGGGAUUGA